UUUGUGUGUUGGCGCGCUGCCUUGACUCGACUCUUUGGAGUAACAGAACGGAUAGACCAAACGAAAGAGAGAGACGGGUGCGAAUGAAUUCUACUGCAUACAUUCAGUAGUUGUGUGUGUUGAACACGAGAAGUGAAGACCAGUCUCGAACACGACGUGGUUCGAGAGAGUUUUGCGUUCACAAAAGUUGUGUUUUUAAAACGUAUGAAUUGAUAUCACCAGUUUUUAUUAUUUUUGUCAUAUUGUUAUUCCUAUUAACAAUAUACAAAGAACAAGUGAUGUAUUGUUUCAUAAAUUGUUCUACGUUUUUUAUAAGAUAUUUUUUCUCUGGGUAAACUGCAGUAUUAAAGUUGCUGCGAAGCUUUGCGAGUGUUUUUUUCAAGAAUGUGACAGUGCUUGUGAUGUGUGAGUGCGUGUGCUCUCUUCUAUAUUGACUUGAAAUUUCUCAAGAAUGAUGAAGAGAAAGAUUGUUCCAUGGUGAGCUGACAACUUGUCAGGUUAGCAUGAUGAUGUCUGAGUAGUAAUAUUGCGAUGCUGAAUCAACGCCUGUAUAACAUCAAAUCAAUUAGGAUUUACAUAGGCUGUUUAAAACUGGUGACCAGAGUUUAUAUCUUUAAGCUCGUUUUUUAAGUGAAGUUAGUGUAUAGUUAGUUGUUAGUGAAGAUCAAUUUGUGGCUUUCUACAUUUCUUUUUCCUUUCUUUAAUUUUAAAUUGUAGUGUUUGACAAGUUGAUGGAAUAAUUUGAAUCUCGUGGCAAAGUAGGAGUGAUUCAGCUGACUUCGGAUCAAUAACUUUUCUGCACUCGGGUUAGAAAGUACUGGCUACCAAAUGCUUGUUCGAAAACUCCUGUUUCAUGUUCAUGUUCUGGAACAAACGGGCGGUGCUCACUAAACGUCUCCUGAAGGCUAAGGUCUGUGGGGAGCAUGAAACCGAGUGUGAAACUCAAGAAGAUUCGUCGCAAGUUUACGUUGUUGCAGCAGCUGAGAGUGUUUUACAGAAAGAGGACAAGGACGAGCAAGGUAAAGUACAACCACCUACAGAAAACAAGAGAACAACUCCAACUAUCCCUACCGCAAGAACGGGGAGAAAAAGUCGAAGCAUAUCCCGUAGGAUACAUCACGGAUGUUGUGGAGGCAAUAGAUUGCAGGAUGAAGAGAAAAUUCUAAGUCGAUUAACAUUGUGCAAAGAGUUCCUCAGAACGCUCAAGGAGAACCAAUUAGAAAUGCUGCUGAAUGCAGUCGAGAGUUUUGGCGCCUAUCUUGGUUCCUGUGUUUUGGUACCACGAGACACAGAACCCAGGCAACAAAUGUUUCGCCGCUCUUAUCGUCAUCACCACUAUCCCCACAAUCAUCAUCAUCAUCACCAUUAUUAUUUGCGACAUCUUAGCCAUCACUAUUCUCAUCAUAGGCAAAACGCCUAUGAUGAGAGUUCAGUGGCCCUUUCUGCAACCAAACUCGAAAGGGAUCGCUGUCGGACACCGAGCAGAGGAUCUAUGUGUGACUUACCUUCUAUUGACCCCCUUUUGCUCUGCUGUCAGAUAUGGCGAUGGCCCGAUCUCACACACUCCUCGGAACUCAAGAAACUUCCAGUCUGUCUUUCUUCAAAAGACCCUUUUUCCGUCUGCUGCAAUCCUUAUCACUGGAGUCGACUUUGCAAACCUGAGUCGCCACCACCUCCUUACUGCCUCAUAGCUGACAGAAUGAAACCUGAAGAUCGAGCACCAAGUGAAGAGGAUUCUCUUAGAUGCAGAAGCCCAACAACACAGAAUCUUCCAAGUUCAUUCACCACCAAUAGAGAAGAAAGGCUUGAACAAAAAGAGUGGUGUACAUUGGCUUAUUGGGAAUUAAGCGGUCGUGUCGGUCGGCUUUAUCCUGUGGAAUUGAAAACUGUAAAUGUCUUUGAUUCUUUGCACGAUGGAGACGGUCUCUGUUUGGCAACUCUAGCUGAAAAUCAUCUGGCGCCGCCUGCAGUUCAAAGAACCCGUAGCAAAAUUGGACUCGGUUUGAUGCUCAGUCAGGAAUCAGAUGGUGUAUGGGCUUAUAACAGAUCAGAUAGUCCAAUUUUUGUCAAUUCGCCUGCUUUAGACGAUCCAGAAUCAAGAACUUUAUUGGUUUAUCGCGUGCCAUCGGGUUUCUGCUUAAAUAUCUUUGAUCAAAGCAAGUCAAGAACUACAUUGACAAGAACCUCACCAUCGACAACAAAUUCGAGUUUUUCCAUGGGUUCAGUUGAUGUGAACUCCGUCCGUAUCAGCUUUGCUAAGGGCUGGGGUCCUAAGUACUCAAGACAGGAAGUGACUUCUUGUCCUUGUUGGUUAGAAAUUCUUCUGGCUCCUUGUAGGUGAUUGUGGCUGCAAACCAUAGUUUUUUGCAAGUCAUCAAACUCAAAGGGUUUAGAUUGGUCUUCCAGGACUGUGGUCGCUGCUGUUUACCAAAGAGCAACGUUUAAAUUUACGACAGGAGAUUCAGAGCAAGCCUUUGAUACAUAGCAAGAAACAAUUUUCUCAGGACUGAUUGGUGUAGAAAAUUUUUCCAUGACAUGCCAAACAAUUUUACUGGAAGCAAAUUAAAAAUAUGUUAAAAUUACGAACUAUGAUAACAUACAAGUAGAGUAUUUUGGAAAAAUAGAAUACAAAUAAAUAAUAACAGAUGAAAAAGGAAAAUAACCGAAUAAAGUAAAGAAAUAAAUAAUCAACAGUCGACAACGAAUGGAGCUUUCGAAUGAAUAUUAAAUUGCGUCUGUUCGACGUGCUUUAUUUUUAUUUCAAUAAUGUAAAUAAGUAAAUAGAUAUAAAUUGUGCCUUCCUUGUUUCUUUGGUGCAAAAGCAAUAGCACCUACACCGCUACCUCGCGUCUCACCAAACGCCCCAGAGCUUCUUACUACAGUAAUAAUGCUAAUGUGAUAAAGGUGUGACACGUGGUUCUAUUUGCCUCGUUUGGGAGCACCAAAACUGUUAUUGAACAAGACAAUAUUUUUAUUUCCAUUUGACAGUAUACUGUUGUGUCUGAAUAUAUGUGUGCUUGUGUUUGAAUGUUUAUUUGAGAAAAUUUUUUCUUACCCUAGUGAUAAUAAUCACGUUCAUUUGCACGAGUCUAUUUGGCAACGUAAAUAUACAAGUGGUCAAAAAAACCUUUACGUUUUAGGAACGUUCCUCGAACGUGAAUGUAUCAAAUUCACCUGAUUAUUUUUAAUAGGCUACUUAUAUGUAAGUAUACUGACACUACUUGUCUCAGAAAUAUUUUUAGUAAAUUAACCAAAUGUUGAUUUACCUUUGUAUUCAAUUAAUUAACGAAAUUCAUUUAUUAAGAUCAUACAUUAAUUUCUACUUUUUAUGUUAAUGUAUUAAUUCAACUCACUUAUAAGCAAAGGAAAAAUUAUUCAUCCAAAUAAACAUGUAUACAACCAAUUAUAAGUACAUAGCGGAUGCAAGUAAUGGUGUAUUCACUCAAUUGACUGACUCAUAGUUUCCAAACAAUUAGUUAUUUUUGUACAACAGAUUUUAUAAACAUAGAAGUUAACAAAUAUCUCAAACAACAUGUGAUGUUAAAUGAGUAUAAACUGUAUCGCGAUUGUGUAACUAUACAGGAGAAAUAAUAAUUAAAAUUUAUUAGCGAAUGUAUUAUUUUAUAAUGUAAAAUAUCAGUCUGUCUAUACAAUAUAAUUAGUCUUUGUUUUUCUAAUUAAAUUCAAUUCUUAUAUAAAUAUAGAUUCAAUCACUACACAUACACACAUAGCAAACAAAACCAAAAUUUCCUUCAAAUCUUUAUCUCUUUCCUUAACAAUUAUUAAGGGUCAAUAAAGAACAUAAAAGGGCAAUAACGUGGUUUAUCGCUCUCUUUUUUUAUUUCAAGCUUACAAUUUCCUAAUAUAUGUUCACAAUUAUUAAUUUAUUUAGUCAUUAAUCGUUCAAAUUAGUCGCACGAUUCACAAAUUCUUUUCCCCCCAUCGAUCUAAUCCCUACUCCAAUCCAUCUUACUCAUACGCCUAUAUACUCACUCUUACACAUUUAUACAUCGGUAUUGUUACAAUAAAUAAAUUUUCAUCCAUGAUAGAUUGAUUCUUAAUUUUUUUUUUAAAUAAUUAAUAUAAUUAGUAUAACAAUAUCUUCACUUUUUAAUACUAUAAAUCUUUAAUUGUGUUUCUGAAUCAAGAUUCGUAUUAUGACAUUUCACAAUUAACCUGUAAGCUUGCUGUAAGUAGCAAAAUGUAUUUUGACGCCUCCCGUUUAUAAAAUGUAAACUUCAAUGUAAAACAUUUCUAUUUGGAAAAUAAGUGUAAUAUCAAAUUAAGAAAAGAAGUUGUGCAAGAAAAUUCAAUGUAAAUUCAAUUUAAUCUUCAAUGGAAGAUGAUCCUAAGAGUGCUUUAAACACCAGAUUAGGAUUCUUGUUUGUAUAACUUUUUCAUUACCAUUUUAUUUAAAAUAUUUAUAUCCUUAAUUUUCAGUGUUGGGUCAAAUAUGUAAAGCUAAUCUCAGAUGGCAGCACCAUAGCAAGAUUAGUCUAGCGCUUAAUUUUUGAUUUCGCGAAAAGUCACAAUUGGUUUACAAAAAAGUGGGCGAAGUAAAUAAAUAUUUUUUGUGGAAUUGUGAAAAAUUAAAAAUUGAAUUACGUAAGCGAGGACUUUGUUUCACAGGAAAAAAAAGUUUUGCAAGUCAGAGUAUCGUUAAAGUAUAGAUAAAAAAAUUGAGGUUAUGUUGCCUAUCAUUAAAAAUAUUGUAAACCCAUUUUAAUUUUGAAUGCUUUUGAGGUAAAAUUUUAUUAGUUUCUUUUAUACUUUUCAUACACGAUGGUCUUCAAGCACUUUUAGGUUUACCGAAAAUGAGUCAAAAUUGUGCUAACGCAGUUUUAUCUGGAAUCGGUCCAAGAUUCCGAAUUUUCAUUUCCGAAAAUCGUAG